GCAUCAUCGCGUCGGCACCCCCAAAUCCAAUCCCAAGUUUUUGCCCGUGUCCGCUACACUAGCAACCACCUCCCUCAGGUCCAUAGCUUUGCCGUCGUGGCUCUACAUGCGCCUCGUUUUACUCCGUAAUAAGGUAUUGUUAUCCUUCCCGUCCUCCACUCCAUCUUCCAGCUUGGCCAACGUCUCUGUGCUCUUCUUACAUUAGUCUGUUCGUUGUUGACAAUUCCCACUGAAAGCCUCCCGUCUCUCAGUCCCCAUCCCACCUCCCCUCCCCAAAUUUAGUUCGCGCACCUGCCCGCACCGCCAUCUCGAGAAUGCUGCGUCCGCAUUCCCCUGGCUGUAAAAACAAGUCAUCGUAGUGCGUGCCUGCUUGCAAUACUCCAGAAAAUAUGCCCGACGCAGUAAAAGCUGCGCAUUACCUGCAACAGCUCGACGAUGCCCGCUGUGAGGAAAACUGGGAUGCCGUGCCCGAACUGGUCCGCAAGGUGCGGAAGCAUGCUCCCAAUCGGUCCUGCCUCGCGUUGACCGCUCUCGCCGAACGAGUCAUCACCAAGGCUGGCAAGAAGACAGGCGAGCGCCCGUCGACUGCUGGCGACACGGCCGGCCUCGACAUCUCGAACCACUUGCCCGACCUCCUCGGCGGAAUCGAGACCGAAGACGAGUUCCCCCAAGACCGGUUCCAGGCCAAAGUCUGCGUUGGCUGGGCGCACUGGGUCCUGAAGGACUACGCCCUCGCCUUGUCUCGCCUGCCCAGGAACUUCGACAAGGAAUACCCCCUAUACGAUGGUCUCGACGCCCUCUCCGAGUGGACUAUGGUCUGCGCCCUCAAGUCGUCGUACCUCCGCGCAAACUGUCUGGCGCGCGGUGGACAGCGCGACAAGGCUCUCGAGGCCUUCGAGUCGGCCCUGCCCUCGCUCGCCGGCGUCUGGACUACGAAGCCUGCUCGCCAGCAGCUGCGCUACUGGGCCGAGCUGUUUCUGACAGAGUACUGCAUGUUGGCCGGCCAGGCAGUCCGCGACAAGGAAAAAUCGCUCUCCACGUCCAACUGUCUCGCCUCCUUCCGCACCUGGUCCAGGUACUGGGCCGGCAGCAAAGGCGGCCCGCUUCCAGGGGGUCACGGUUUUCGAGGGUCUGUGCCUAGGCGGCAAGUGUGGUCCGAGUAUUACUUUGCUCUAUCCGAGAUCCUCCGGCAGGACCUGCCCUUCCCCACCGGCCACUCUCCGCCCAACAACGAGGUUUCCGCUAGGAACCAGCUACGCGCCGAGCUCAAGAAGGUCGAAACCAUCUACCAGGGCCUGCUUUUCACCGAGACCCGGUUUCCCAGGGCCGACGAGCAGAGAGCCGAGGUGGAGGAAUUUGUUCACCGCAUCAUGAGCAACUGGGCCAUCCUGAACGGGCGCGGAUGGAAGGAACAGGACCUCGGCGCGGGCGGUCGGGAGUCGCUCAGCCACGGGGUCCUCGACACGCUGUACGGGGCUGCGACAAAGACGUACCACUCGACAGCCGUUCUGCGCCAUCUCUUCACGGUCCACCUGGCCGUUGCCGAGUUCGACCUCGCUUUCAUGUCCUUCAACUCGUGGUUGGAGCUCGUGAAGAAGGGCAAGAUAAGAGUCGAGACGACUGGCCACUACGAGCCCGCCCUCGACGACGACGGGACCAUGCUCGAGACUAUCUCCGCCUGUAUCGCGGCUCUAUGCCGAUACGGCAGUAUGGAUGCUGCGGAAAAGGCGCGCGGCCUAGCUGCUGAACUCGAGACGUGGAUCGAAAAGUUUGCACGCGCCGAAGAAGGCUUGAAAGUGACUGGGACUGAGGUGUCGCCCAAGAUAUUCGCGCUGGCGUGGCAGUCUGCCGGGCUAGCACAUGCCCAGUGGGCGCGGAUGACCUUUGACUCUGAAUCCAGGACGCAGAUUCAGGAGAAGGCCGUUCAGUGCCUGCGCAAGUCACUGUCUCCCGAGUUCGGCUCGAUUGUCGACACUAGGGGCGUGUUUGCCCUCGGAUUGCUCUACGCCGAGCAGCGGAAGCUGUCGGUGGCAAUCGAACUGGUCAAGACGGCCCUGCUCACAGACAGGGCUGUCGGGGAGAACGAGGUGCUGUGGAACGGGCCGUACUGGCGAGAGCGGUCGCUCGUUCCCCUCUGGCAUCUUCUGGCGCUUAUGCUGAGCGCGCGCCAGGAGUACCUGCUGGCUUCCCGGGCUUGCGAGGGAGCGAUGGAGCAGUUUAAGGAUCCGUUUGUCCUCUUCGGGAGUAAGGGCCUAAGUGGACCUUACCGGAGCGACCAUUUGAACGGCGCGGGCGCCAGGGACGCCGCAUCUGGUGGAGACGGCCUCGUCGACGAGAUGGACGACUACGAGAAAGAGGGCAUUCUAGAGAUUAAGAUGACCCAGCUUGCCCUUAUCGAGCUCGUCGACGGGCCCGCGGAUGCGGUCAACGCCAGCACCGAGCUUCUUACGCUAUUUCCCAGGCUCUUUGGCGAGGUGGAAGAGAAGCUGGAUUUGAACCCGAAGCUGGAGCCGCCCAAAAGCUCGGCUACUACGUUGCGGAGCUUUAGGGGGAGCGUGUUUGGUACCCGGUCCGAGAAGUCUGGGCGCGCGCGGCAGAGUGUGCUGAACGAGAAGAUGGAGACGAUUCCCUCGAGGCCUCAAACCAUGCAGACAGUCCAGAGCAUGGCCACGACGGCGCCGACCGUCCAGGCUAGCAGCGAAGUGCAGGACACGGACCCUCGCUCGAGCCGGAGGUCGCAGAGGUCGGAGAGCGUCAAGAAAAGGAGCGAGUCCGGCAAGAGGAACAGUCUCCGCAAGAGGAACAGCAACGUGAGCCGGCACCGGGCCGUGAGCAGCGCCGGGGCCGACCCCGACAAGUUUUUAACGCCGUUUGACGAGGUCAACCUGCCGCAAUUCUUUACCUCUGGUAAGACCCCGGGGUAUGAGACGCUGGUGCCGGGGGGCUUGCGCAAGUCGGCCUCGAAUGCAUCGUCGCGGCUGGGGAACACCGACCCGACAGAAAUCCCGGUCGGCGGCGUCGAGUCCUUCUCGCCGCUGCUGCCGUUUGUCCAGUUUCCUCAGGGCCAGAGCUGGAGGAGACGCAAGGCGCUCCUUGUCAAGGUCUGGCUGGUCAUUGCCGGCUUCUACCGCAGGGCGGACCUGCUCGGCGAUGCUCAGAAGGCGUGCGCAGAGGCACACAAGAUUGUGCAGAGCUUGGAGGCCGACGUUUCGACCGACACCUCGGGCGCUCUCUCGGUGAGGCAGGUCGGCUGGGGCGAGCAAAAGAGCGUCGAGGAGCUCUCGGCCGAUGUAUGGGCGGUGAAAGCCGAGCUGUCACUGGCACGCGAGAGGCCGUACCAGGCAUGCGCAGAUUUCGAGGCUGCGCUUACUCACUUCCCUGACCACCCGGCGGCCUCGGUCGGGCUCUCGAACAUUCUGAUGGACAUUUACUCGGAGGACCUGCUCCCAAGCCUGGCAUUUCCCGGGCUCGACUUGUGGGGCGCUUCUUCCCAUGGCGCGCCGUACAUGCCUAGCUCGAACACCAAUGGCUCAUCCUCUACCAUCACGGUGCCGGUCCGCUCCAAGGCCGACAAGUUCCCGGUGCUGCCGUCGGAGCCGCUCGGCCUCGUGACCACCAAGGCUAAGGAGCCGGAGGAGCAGCCAAAGGCGAACGGGAAGCCGUUCUCGGCAUUCCCAUCGAAAUCUGUCGCGCCUGACGCGGAGCUGCCGCCGCUCCACAAGGCAACGUCGCUGCCGCUUCUCGACCGGCUGGCGGCGAGAGACCGAGCGUAUGGGCUGCUGUCGGGGCUGACGAAGCGCGGGUCCGGGUGGAACAACUCGGAGGCGUGGUUCGCGCUGGCGAGGGCCUACGAGGAGAGUGACCAGCUGGACAAAGCCAAGGACGCGCUUUGGUGGUGCGUCGAGCUCGAGGAGGGCAUGGGCAUCAGGGAGUGGAGCUGUGUCGGCGCGGGGGGGUACGUCUUGUGAACGUCUUGUGAGGAGGGAGAAAAAUAUAAUGUUUCCUUUUUUCAGGUGCAGCUAAUUUACGUCAUUUUUUAUUCUGGUUAUUAGUUUUAGACUUGCACGGCUAGCUAGCUAUGGUCUGAGAAGCGUGCAGAAAAUAUCUUUGUGGCAAGUGGAAGUAUUUAUUCGCUUGGAAUAUACCUACCUACCUAUCUACUUAAUUAUGGGUGUUUUUGUUUGUGUCUUGCCCCUUUUUCAUCCGUACCUAGCCAGCGCAAAAAAGGGAGACUGGAAAAUUAAUUGUGAUUAUUCAUUGAAGCAAGCCAGAG